GUCUUGAGCUUCGUGGUCGAAUAGUUUAAAGAGGUUUUACGAAUCAAAAUUUGCUUCGAUGGCAUCAGGUUGUUUAUUUAUAAAAAGUCAAAAGUGUCUGGUUGUCUUCGUGUUGACGGAUUGGUGAAUCGACUAAUGUUUUUAAUGAUUUAAUUAGAGUGUUAAAUAACAUUUACAGUUUAGAAUGUUAUUUAUUUUUUUAGCCUCUUUAUUUCCCUCCUAAGAAGUUAUAAUCAAAAUGGAAGAUUUGCGUCUGAGGAGCAACUCUACAAAAACACUAUCAGUCACCAGAAAAAUACUUGGAAAGCAUACUUUUUCUUUAUUUUCAUCAUUGCUCCGUGAGAUAAAGCCGGUUUAUAAAGAUAGUAGAUUUCAAAGAAUAAUUUGGUUAACUUUGCUGAAUGUUUCUUCUCUAUUGCUACUUAUAAAUUGGUGCAAUAGUACAAGAAGUGUUGGUCUUUUGUCUUACACUUAUCUUAUUUUCUUCGAUACAUUAUGUUUAUGCAUUUGUGCUCUUAGUAUAUGGGUAGAGCAAAAGAAACCCAAUCAUCAGUAUACUUUUGGAUAUGAAAGGCUAGAAGUUCUUGCUGUUUUUGCAUCAGCAUCUUUUUCAUUCAUUAGUUCAUUCUUCACAAUAAAGAAGGGCAUUGGAAGAUGGGUUCAACAAACUCAAAUUCACACGGGCAGGUUGUUUCCUGGUGUGCUUAUUGCCUUUAUUUGUCACAUGUUAGUGACACAUUGCAUGAAAAAUAAAGGCCUCAAUUUGGUGAUUUGUGCAUCUGAUUCAAGCUGGCUUCAAAAUCGGAUUUCAUCUUUUAACCAGAGCUUAAGUCAUGUUGUUCCUGGCAUCUCAGGUAAUACAUGCCCGCGUAUAAACCCAUUCUCUCUUCUGGGUUGUGCAGCUGGAGGAAUUCUUAUCAUUGCUGUAUUCUUCAUAGAUAUUUUUGAUUACCAUAGUGCAGAUGCAAUAGCAGGAAUUAUUAUAUCAUUCUUCAUUUCUUUAACCAUGUUUCCUGUGUGUGUCUAUACUGGAAAAAUCUUAUUGCAGGCUACACCUCCACAUAUUGCUGACCUUUUAGACAAGUAUUUAAGAGAAGCAUCUACUUUAGAUGGAGUUUUAGAAUUCAGAAAUGAACAUUUCUGGCUUUUGGGAUUUGACAAAAUAGUGGGAACAAUACAUGUUAGAGUCAGACGUGAUGCAAAUGAACAAAUAGUUUUAUCUCAUUUGUUGAAUAAGCUGUCAUCUCUUGUUACUGAUAUUACUAUUCAAGUUUUCAAAGAUGAAUGGGCAUGGAGCUCAACCACGAGGCAGAUUUUAAACGAUCCUUUUCUAAAGUUUCCUUCCAAAAGUGAAACAUUUCCAGCUACAGCUGCUAUCCCUAGCCCUAAUGUGGGAAGUCCAAAUACUACCAUCUGUACUAGUUCCAGUUCUUACUCAUCUAGUAGCUCCAGUUCUAGUUCUAGAACUUUCGAAACUAAACAGUCACCUGGUGUAUUUGCUGCUAUUCCUUUACCUCCAUCUCUAUCAUCUUCACAUUCUCCGAACACUGAAGUGCGGGAAUUUUCAAUAGAAAUGAGCCCUGGUAUCAGUCCUAUACCAAAGCCUUCCUAUGACUCCAGUCAGGGGACGCCAUCUCAUCAACACAUUUAUGACUUGCAAAGUAUAUCUAAUCCUAGUAAAUAUAGUAGAGAGCUUAUUAUUAAUCCCAUGUUGACAUCCAGUCCAAAUUAUGGAUUUAGGAGCUGAUACAUACACUUAUCUCUGUUAAAGUAAGAAUUGCUAUUAUUUAAAAAAACAAAACAAAGAUUCUGAAAGGCUUUUUAUACCAUUAUGGAUGUUUUUGAAAAAGCUUUGAUAUUUUGCCUUGAAUGAAAUAUUUUAUGAGGGCAACUGGAUAAAAUUAUGAAUGAAAUGACAAUGUGCUUUUGAAUAUUUUAAAAAAAAAAGCUUUAUUUUUGUGAAUUUAAACUGAUCUCUAAAUUUCUCUGUAUAUUUCAUUAUUUAAAAAAUAAUUAAUAAAACUCAUUGUUUAUAUAAAUGGUUUCCAAAAUAUCAUUAAGAUAUAUUAAGUUUUCUUAUAUUGAUAGUCAAAUAUUUUAAAAAUGUAUUGCGAAUCAAAAGUUUAUUCGAUUAACCCUUUCAUUACAUAAGGUAGAAGUUAUGCAGGGGUUUGCCUGCCUUGUUUUAAAAUUUAUCAUACUGAAUUAAAUUACUAAGAAUUUUUUUAAAUUUUCCUAAAUUGCAUUUUUCAUUAUAAUACUUGCAAACUCUUGUUAUGCAACACUUUAAUAAGAAAGCUUACCGACAUGCAAUGUGCUCGAUUUGCGGCGUGAUGCACCAGUCAGUGGCAUCAUUUCAGCAGAGUGAACUGUUCCAAUCGUAGUGUCUAUAAAAUGAUUUGUGAUGAAAAAUCACAGGAAAGAGGAAGUAGAUAAAAAUAUUUUGUUUACUGGGUUUUGCUUAAAGCCGAUUCUCGGCAAAUUUCAAAAUUUUUUGCAAGUUUGUUUGCAGAUGGCAUUGCUGCAAGGAAAACAAUGUUUUCUCCUUAAUGUUAGUAUGUUCCAAGUGAAAUAAUUACCUGGUCAUCUGCUAAUUUUGUCCUCUGACUGUUUUAUAGUUUUUCUUAGUAAGAAGUGCCAUCUGCUUACAAACUCUAACUAAUUAUAUAUUUUUUCCUAAGCAGAAUUCAGUUAGCCAUUUCGUUUCUUUUUGUGAUUUUAGAACAUCGGUUAGAAGAGCCACUACUACAGUAACUAACUCUGUUCCAUAGUGGUUUUCUUCUACACUAUUCAAUGAAAAAAACAUUGCUUAUCAGAUAAAGUUAUACACAUAUUUACUCAAG